GUGGUUGGAUUACAACCCCCGCCUCCCGUGUCCUUGAGCUAUAAAUGAGUCAUCUCUGGGGGGAGUUGGUAAAACGGGGUGACUACAGCAGUGGUCCUCUGUAGUGUAAAGGGGGAAGUGUUGAUAUAGCUGUGGAGGAUAUCAUCUGCUCUGUCCUGUGUGUGCUUGUGCUAAUGUAAUUUGCCCUCUCACUUCCCCUUUCCAGCCCUGAACUCUUACUUCAAGUCUCCUGAUCAGGUACCCUGUUUGCUAAGGAAGGGCCAGAGAGUCCUUUAACACUGCUUGUGUUCUCAUCAGGGACAUAGAUAACAUUAUUUAUAGGCAAAACAGCCUUCAGCAGUAAAGCACAAUCCACCAAAUGGAGAGUAUAAGAAAGCAACCCAUCAGGAUGCACUUUAAUGCAUGCUUAUUCAAGCUUAAAAUUGCAGCUAGCCUUCUAGAGCUUUUGAUAAUAAGGGAUCGUUGCUUUUUUGAAAUAUGUUCUUUAGCUGUUGCCAUGAAGAGGUUUCUAAAAAAAUAAGGCAGAACAAUAGCCCUGGGGAAGUGCUUCAAAGAACAUCUGAAGAAUUCUUUCGAAAGAUGGAAAGUUCAGUUGAAGAGAUGGAUACCUCUGAUACCCAGUGGGGCUGGUUUUAUUUGGCUGAGUGUGGUAAAUGGCAUAUGUUUCAGACUGAUUCAAACAGUCAUUGCUCAGUUAGCAGUGAAGAUAUUGAAAGGAGCUUCAGAACAAAUCCACAUGGUUCUCUUUCUUUUACUACUGCAAAAUUUAACUACGUGCUAGAUUUUUCAGUGAUGAAACAAACCAACCUAACUACCCUUAAACAACGUCCAAUAAAGCGAGCUCCCUUUUCUAUCAGUGCUUUCAGCGUCAUUUGUGACAAUGAAGCUAUCCCUGUUCCUUCACACUGGGAGAAUGUAAAUCCUGAGGAGCCAUAUCAGCUUAUUCCUUUGCAAAAGAAAACAAAUGAAUAUAUUGAAGUUUCUGGUCUCUUUGGAAAAACAAUGGAUAGCCACCGAAUUAAAAGAAUUAAGAGAAUACAAAAUAUAGACUUGUGGGAGUUUUUUUGCAGGAAAAAAGCUCAACUGAAGAAGAAAAGAGGUGUCCCAACUAUUAACGAGCAGAUGUUAUUUCAUGGCACCAGUAAUGAAUUUGUAGAAGCAAUAUGUAUUCAUAAUUUUGACUGGAGAAUAAAUGGGAUACAUGCUGCUGUAUAUGGAAAAGGGACCUAUUUUGCAAGAGAUGCAUCGUAUUCCAGUCGUUUCUGCAAAGAGGACAUGAAUCAUGGAAAUACCUUUCAAAUUCAUGGUGUGAAUCUGCAGCCUCAUCCACAUAGACCAGAUAAAGUCAUGUUUCUUGCUCGCGUAUUGACUGGUGACUAUAUUAAUGGUGAUUCAAAAUACAUGAGACCUCCUUCAAAAGAUGGAAGUUUUGUGAACUUGUAUGACAGCUGUGUGGAUAAUACCUGGAACCCAAAGAUCUUUGUUAUCUUUGAUGCCAACCAAAUCUACCCUGAGUACUUAAUAGAAUUUUGUUAAGUUCGAAAGGAGCUGAACUGAAUAUUUGUUUGUCUUCUUGAUACUUUUGUUCCUUUUUCAAAGAUGAGAAUAUAAAAACAUGAAGUGUAAAAGGAGGGAGGUGAAAGAAAAGCUAGCAUAUGUUUAUGGAGGAGGGAAGCUAUUGAAAGUUUGAGAGAUUGUCCAGCUGUUAAGAUCUGUGAAACAAACUUUACUAAUGCCUUUUUCAGAUGUAGCAACUACUACAAAUCUGAAAGUGCUUAGUGAGCCUUAGAUACAUUGUGCAUUGGUAAGUUUUCAAAGACAAGAUUUAUGUAUAAAAAUAUAUUACAAGUAUUUAUUCAUGUGGUAGAAAUAUGUUUCCUAUACAGUAUGUAUAUGAUGAAACUAACCUUUUAUAAAGAUUGUCUGUAGAACUUAAAGCUAAACUCAGGUGACUUUUCCUAUGUGUAUGUAUGUCUGUGUUCUGUAGUACACAUUGCUUUGCAUUUGGAGGUCUCUUGGUUUGAAUUCUAAACCUGCAAAAGAAAUCCAUCUGGAGACAACAGAUAAAGGACCUACAGUUCACCAAAGCUGCUAUGUUUGACUUGAAGAAUCCCUCCAUCCAGAGGGACUGCAACAAGCCGGAGAAAUGGGCUGACAGGAACCUCUUGAAACUCAACAAGGAGAAGUGCAAAUUCCUGUGCCUGGAGAAAAAUAACCCCAGGCACCUGUACAUGCUGGGGGCUGCCUGGCUGGACAUCAGGAUGGCUGAAAAGGACCUGUGGAUCCUGCUGAACACCAAAUUGAACAUGAGCCAGCAAUGUGCCUUUGGAGCAGCAAAUAAGGCUAAUGGUAUCCUGGGCUGCACUAGGCAAAGUAUCAUCAGCAGUUCAAGAGAGGUGAUCCUUCCCCUCUGUUCAGCACUGAUGAGGCCAUACCUGGAGCACUGUGUCAAGUUCUGGGCUCCACAGUACAAGAGAGGCAUGGACAAACUGGUAAGAGUCCAAAGAGGGGACACAAAGAUGAUUAUAGAACUGGAGCAUCUCUCCUAUGAGAAAAGACUAAGAGAGUUGGGACUGUUUAGCGUAGAGAAGAAAAGGCUUGGGAGGAUCUUAUCAAUGUCUAUAAAUAGUUGGAAAGAGGCUGCAAAGAGAGCAGAGCCAGGCUCUGUUUAGUGGUGUCCAGUGCCAGGAUAAGAGGCAGUGGGCGCAAACUGAAAGAUAGGAGGUUCUGUCUGGACAUCAGGAAACACUUUUUUAAUGUGUGGAAGACUGAGCAACGGAAGAGGUUGCCCAGAGAGGUUGUGGAGUCACCCUCCUUGGAGAUCUUCAGAAACCAUCUGGACUUGGUUCGGGGCAACCAACUCUCAGUGGCCCUGCUUUAGCAGUGGGUUUGGACUAGAUAACCUCCAGAGGUUCCUUCCAACCUCAAACAUUCUGUGAAAAAGCCAGCUUUGACUACAUUAGUAGCCUUGUAUAGGGCUUAAGGUAUAGGAGUUGGCGCAGUAGUUAUAAAAUGCAUUUGUGCUUCAAGCUAAUUAUUCACCUUUCUAUGCCUCACUUUCCCCAUUUCAUCCCUUCUUUUAUGUUCAUAACAUAUAUGGAGUGCAGCUUGCAGCUGAGCUUGGCUAGCACCUCCAAAUGCCCAAUAUAGUAAACUGAGGCAGGUUACACACCCAGUGGUGACCAAGCAGCUAGUACAUGUAAGUGUUUUUUCAGUCAGUAUCUAGCUUUUAGAAGGUGAGGGUUGUCCUAGAAAGUAAUUCUGCCUGAGAAAGGUUGGUGAAAAUUAGGCUUUCAAGGGAUGAUUGUGCUAUAAACCAGUGGGAUUACUUUUUAAAGAUUUUUUUUUCGUGAAAUGGCUGGCUGACCCAAAUACUUGCAUCAUACGUGUUGUGUUAACAAAACUGCUGAGAAUACUGUAUCUCUGUCAAAAAACAUCAAGUAACUGUUGGAUGUGUAUGCGAGUGACUUAAAUAGCAGCUCCAGACUGAUUCUUUUUGUGUUUUUGAUUUUUUUUUAGUAUAAGGAAUAUGACCCAAAGCUAUGGGAUAAGACAGGGACAAGAAAAGAAAAACCUGCAAAAAAAUAUAAAUGUAAGAAAAAUGGUUAUGUAAGUGAAAUGGUGCAUUUGUCUGUAUGUAUACAGGAGCUGGGAGAUGGAAGCAAGAAUAGGAGAGAAUGUAAAAAUAUUACUGCUUUACAUCUGUCAGUUACAAAUCUUAAACUCAGUUUUCAUGCUGAUCAUCUUCUUGAAUGUUCAGCAACCUUAGGUAUUCCCAGUGGGACAGAGUAUGGGAUGGAGAGUCUGUUAAAUUUUCAUCUCUCUUGUCACUUUGUGAUAAGGGUGGACUUACAGAACUGGUAUGUGAAUGAUACAGAGCCAGAAAUGAAAGACAUCCCAUUUGCUAUAGUAUCUCUUCUAAGGACUGUUGUGAGAAGUGUGGGGAGGGGAUAGCAAAGUAUUGCUGUCACUGGUCAACUAUACCGAGCUGCUAUAAGCAUGACUGGCUUCUCACAGGGCCAGCAUGCCUCCUAGAAUAUCCCCAAACCAGUGAUAUUGCAUACAUCUUGCCUUUGUAUCUCUUGCUAUGACAAGUGUGUGAAAUCAGUAUUACUAUACUUAACUGAACACUCCAGUGCGACAGGAGAAAAAAAUGUUCUUUAUUAUAGUAAUAUAUGAGAAGAAAAUGUUACUCUAAAUCUUUCUGUUCUAUGAAGCAUGGACAGCUGUUGUGUUCAUAUACUAGUUAUUGCAAUAGAUCUCAAUUUUUCUUGGUAUUUAGCUAGUAUGGUGGAACGACUGAUCUCACAAUAUGAUCUUUUCCUGUCUCUUUGCAUAAAACAGGUUUAUAUCAAACAUUCUACAUAAGAGUUAGUUCCUACAAGUUUUCCUCUGAUGCAUAAAGUCCUUCACUGAACAGUAUUCAACACUGUUUAUGAAAUGUGCAUUAUGGAAGACAAUAUUCAUUUAAAUUUAACCUUGUUAAAAGCUUUGGGUGGAAGAGAUGUGACUAAAAUAGAGCUUUUAGCUAUUAGUGCACUUCAGCUGUUCCCGGGAUGGAAUCUAUAGAACACUUCUUCAAAGAUUGCCAGGUUGUGGAUAAAAAUACACAAUUUACCUCCUCUGUAUAACUGCAGGGGUAUUUGGUUAGUUAGUGCAUAAUUAACGGUGGAUAUCAGCCAGGAUAUUUUUUCUUUGGGAAAGUAGGUCAAGAUCCUUAAUGGCAGUAUGUUUUUAAGUCUGGUUGUUUAUGGUUCAGCAAACUGGAGUCUUGAGUAUAAUUAAAGCAGUAUCAUGGCACAGACUUGGAGAGAAUUUCGUCUUCUGUACAGGUGGCUCCAGCUAUUGCCAGCUACUGGAGCAAGUAGGGGUCCUAGUAUCAGUAGCUGGAGGGGCUGUAGCUGCCUGGAUCUGAAAGGGAUCCUACAAACUCUGAGCCCAGGGCACCAACUGCUGGGGAAACCAGUGUGAACAAACCAAGUGCCAGCUACUGGAGUCAGACUUGGGGUGUAGUCGUCCCUGGCCUGUGGUGCCAGCUACUGGAGCGAGUGUGGUCUUCUACUCCCAGCCAUGGGGUUGGAGUGGUAUAUUUUCCCAAACCAGCUUCUGAGGAGGACCAGAGUGGGUGGGACGGGUGAGGGCUCUGCACCAUCAGCUGGAGCAGCGCCAUGGCUUGUAGUCUGUGUGCCCGUUGCCAGCUGCUCAAGGGACUGGGUGGCUGUAUCAUCCCGAGACCUGUUGUGUAUGUCUGUUCAAUAGCAAACUUUAAGCUGGACUAGCUGGCAAGUAGCAGGAGCCUCAGAUCCAGGCAGGGGCUCCAUGCUGGUGCGCCCAAGGGGCCUGUGAAUGUGGUAUGCCUGAGGGACGAGUGAGUGAGUGCAUGUGAACUUCAAGCUGGACUAGCUGGUGAAUAGGUGGGUAAGGGGCCCAGUAUCCUGGCAGGGGUGCUAGGUGGACCUCUGUGGGCUGCACUGGUACUCGAGGACCUGAGUGGGGGGUGCUAGACAAACAGAGAGGCCAUGCCUGGUACUCAGAGGAUCUGUGAAUAUGCUGUGUGCAUGUCUUCAACAGUGAACUUGUAUCUCUACCAGCUGGAGAGGAGAAAGGCUAUCUAUGUCUGUUUUAUGUCAGUCCUGUGUGUAACUGCUGUUGAAGGCAGCCCUUCACUGGGGCAACCUGUGUGACCAGUCAUGUCAGUGUCCUCUCUCUCUGUUUCUCUCUCUCUCUCUCUGUCUGUGUGUUUCUGGGAUACUUGCUCAGUUUUGCUACUGGCUAAACCAGCAAAAGGGAAAGUGGCAGCUGCAACCCCCAGCCUGGGCUGGGGGAUGUCCCCAGGCAUUGGUCUGGGCCGCAGCAGCCGAACAGGAGCAGUCUUGGGCCAGAGCAGAUGGUAGAGGCAGCCACAUGCUUAUUGCUCUCUACCUCACUUAACAGAAAAAAAUCCACAUGAAGAGCUGAUUUGAAGGUCCCCCUUGGAAUGCUGUGGGUUUUUGGUAUUUCAGAAGUGGGCUUGCUUUGUCCUGAGGGAAAGGGACUGUUAGACAGACUUGAGAAUGCACAAAGACUGUACUUCCAGUGUUAAAGCAGAAGAAAUACGUCACUGUAGAUUAGAUAGCUAAUAUGGUUUGCUUUGAAAGCCACAUAAGGUAGAAUAUACUGAACUACAAUGGGUGAUGAAUAAUGAGAGGAGAAUAUUGGAUACUGUCUCCUCAGGGACACGGAAAUAACUAAUGUAGAUCUUUCGUCUUUUUUUGGACUGCUGAUUUUCAUGCUUUUCAAUGUGUUAAUUCACGCUUUAUUACUGAGUUGAUAUUGCCUUACUGGAAGAAGUGCCAGUUUAUGCAACAGCUUUGAUUACAAACAAUAAAAUGUGCCAAUGCUGAGCUA